AUGUUUCUCCAAGCCCUCGCGACGCUCUCCCUCGUUGCAUGCGCCAGCGCCCACUCUUGGGUAGAGGAGAUCAGAGUAAUUGCAGAAAAUGGAACAUUUACUGGAGCAGCAGGGUACGCCCGGGGAAAUUACCUUCGCACAGCUGCAGGAUUCAGCGAUCUGACAAUGACCUAUCUGAUCCCUCCGGACGGCCAGGCCAAUGUGACAGUUGUCUACGACAGUACAAAGUUGUGCAAAGACACCCAACAAAACCAAACACAAACAUCCGGAAGUCCUCGACUGAAAGCCAAUGCCGGGGACGCGAUCGCACUCCGCUAUCAAGAGAAUGGUCAUGUCACCCUACCCUGGAAUCAACCAGGCAAACCUCCAAACCGAGGCACGGUGUAUGUCUACGGAACCACGGAGCCUAAAGUCGGUGAAACCCUCAACGAUGUCCACGGCGUAUGGAACUGGAACGGCACAGGGGGCGACGGACGAGGAACACUUUUGUCCGUGCAAAAUUUCGAUGACGGACGCUGCUACCAGAUUAACACGGGCAAUAUCUCGGAGUACCGCCAGGUGAAAUAUCCGCACGAGGCCAAUCAGCUCAUGGGUGCUGAUCUGUGGUGCCAACAAGAUGUACAGUUGCCGACGACUGCACCAACUGGGAAACUGUAUACACUUUACUGGGUAUGGGAUUGGCCCACUCGUCCGAGUGCUACCGAUGGAUACCCAGAUGGAAAGAAAGAGCUCUACACUACCUGUAUCGAUAUUGAUAUUGUGGGCCAGGCUUCGAGCAAGGUGCAGGAAACGGAUGACUACACAGAAGGACAGAGCCUUGAUAGUGCCUCAAUAGAGUCGGAGUUUGAUGAUUUGAAAAACGAGGACGCUGUGCAGCUGUCUGUUACUGCUGCGGUAUCCACGUCUACUUCGAUGAUGCAGGCUGAGACUACUAGUUCCUCUGUUGAUCCUGUCUCGACGAUGCAGGCGACAAGUGAGUCCGCGGGAGCUACUGUGACUGUUACCGUUGGUGCUGUGACCGCCUGGCGGACGGUAACAGAGGUGCAGGUGCGGACGGUGACGAUUGAAAGUUGCCAAACGACGGAGGUGGCCGGUUAA